AAAUAGUUAAAUACACGUACACAUUUCUCUGCGUUGUCCACAUAAUUCUCAACUGAAAAAGAAAAAUGAGUCAACAAGGUGGAGUAGAUGAAGACAGGAAGCCAGAUGGAGAUCACAUUAAUCUCAAGGUUAAGGUCCAGGAUGGCAAUGAAGUGUUUUUCAGGAUAAAAAGGAGUACACAACUGAAGAAGUUAAUGAAUGCUUAUUGUGAUCGCCAAUCUGUUGACAUCGCCUCCAUCGCCUUUUUAUUCGAUGGCCGUCGUCUCCGUGCCGAGCAGACUCCCGAUGAGCUGGAAAUGGAGGAUGGGGAUGAGAUUGAUGCGAUGUUGCACCAAACAGGGGGGACUGCCUCCUCUCCCGCUGUUACUGAUUUAUGUUAUAUUAGCUGUUUCUUGUUUGCCGGAACUCUAGUCUUUACUUUUUCACUUUGCUUAUAAGCUCUUGUAUUAGCGGGUAUUGGCUUCACUAGUACUGUUCUUGUUAUAAUCCUUGUUAUUCAAAGCUAUUUGAUGGUC